AUGUUGGCAGAGUCUGCUGGCAGGACCACCAGAGCCAGAACGUUCACAGAAGGCUGUGGGCUCCCGCACGCCACAAGUCUGCCUGCGGAUGCCGUGUUGGACAAAGACCUGACGACCGAGACAACGGGUGUUGCGCGAAAGUUCCGCUCCGCCGUUUCUCGGAUGGGUCUGGCCUUGAGGCCCACCUUGACCAGGACCCGUGCAGCUGAUGAUGUCACGCACACCACGUCGGAGUGCGAGAAAGAUCUUGAGGUAGAGGUGCUGUUCAGUCCUGUUUCAUGCCAGGGCAUAGCAGAGAUUGCUUUUGACAGCGGUACCUCCCAGUACUGCUUGAUUUCACAUGCGGCCCUUCCAGAGCAGUUGCUGGAAAGGAUUGUCCAACCUGAGUGGGGGCUUCGCAGUCCCAACCUUAUCCUCUCCAUCAUGGGAGGUGCAGGGAACAUGAAUCUGCCUCCUGACAAGUUUGACAUCGAUGGCUUUUCACAGGGACUGGUUGAGGCGGCUACCCGCACCUCUGCCUGGGUGAUUACUGGCGGCACUGCCAGUGGAGUGAUGGACAUUGUUGGCAAGGCAAUGCAGAGGCACGACAAGCAGCGCCAGGUGCCGUGCCUUGGAAUCACGCCAUAUGGGGCGCUUACCUGCAAAUGGCGUGACCUUGUCAACACGGUCUACGAGCCCGAUUGCGGCUCAGGGACGAAGGUGGAUGCCGCUUGCGCAAAACCUUCGGAAGGGGCCGCACCCGAAGUCGAUGGAAACAUUCCAUUGGCAGCUCUCCAGGACAACCACUCUCACUUUAUCAUCUGUGACAAUGGCGAGGUCGGAAGCAAAGCCUUUGGCACCGAGAUCCAGUUCCGCACGAAGUUCGAAGAAUUCGUGACGAGGGGCGUGACUGCCGGGGGCAUGCGAACUCGAGUUCCUCGUGUGAUGAUAUUGGUGAAUGGUGGCAAGAUCUCCCUGAUCUCCCUCGUGCAGGCCAUCAACACGGGCUGCCCUCUGGUGGUGUGCCAAGGAACAGGCCGCAUUGCCGAUGUCAUCUGCCGGAUUCUCGAAGAGCCUUGCUUGGCAGACACGGAUGACGAGGAGGAGGACAGCGCGAGUGGCUCGGAGAAAGAUGCAGACCGCCAGUUCCGACAAGCCUUGGACAGGGCCGUGCAGGAGUUCAUGCCGAAGGACACCCUGGCUCCCGAGGAUGUGGCGAACUUCCAAACAAUCGUCCUGAGCGAGAUGGUGGAGAUCUACACCAUCAAUGACCGCUUCGAGGACGUGGUGCUGCGUGCCGUGCUGGGCAACGCCAUCAGGUCCACGGAGAAUGUGGGCGUAUGGCAGCAGCUCUCCCUUGCGGUGCAGUGGGGCUGUGAGAGCUACUACGACCGCUUGGGCCAGAGGCUCGUGCAGGAAAGGGGUGGCUCCGAGCGAGGGCCCGAAGCUGCAAUCCGGCUCGUCUUCAAGGAACUCGUCGGUUUUGGCUCCCGGGAGGCUAAGACGCCCAUCACCCUGGUCCGCAGUGUGCGCGAGAAUGCAGGCGUGCUGGUGACGUGGCUACUGCAGCACUACCUGAAGCAGAUGGACCAGUUCGAGGUCAGUGCCGAGACCUUGCCGCCUGAAAAAGAUGGCAAGCCCUGUGUUCACUGGAGCCGCCUCGGCUUCCAGGAGUCCUGGACAUCCCUGGAGGGCCUGCUCCUCUGGUCCAUCGAGAAGGAGGCUCCUUCUUCUGUGUUGGAGACCAUCUGGUCGUACAUGGAGGAUCCGGUGCAUGCUGCUCUGGUGGCAGCAUCUGCUUGCCGCGACACUGCUGAGAGGGAACACUUCUAUGCAUCGUAUCAGGAUGGUCUUGCCAAGAAGGAGCUGGAUGACGCAGCCGAUCGCUUCGAAAGGCUGGCGUGCCUCGUUCUUGAGGACCUCGCACUGUCUGGCAAAGGCGUGGACUACCUCUUCCGCGAGUCUGCAAGAUGGCAGGUGGGAGGGCAAGGGCGCACCUGCUUCAAGCUCGCCCACGAGCUAGGAUGCAAGACGUUUGUGUCGGCGACCUUCUACCGACUGGCCGUGGACCUGUACUGGAUGACCCCAGUCCCCUUCCAGAUCAACAAGCAUCAGCUGGAUGCGCAGUUCCUGCGAUGGUGGCCUUUCCUCAGCCUCACCUGGAACUUCAAGGCCUGUGGCUUCCCUCUGUGGGAGUUCCUGUCCAUCCCUUCCAUCCAGGCCUGGACGCACGGCGUAGCUCGCGGCAUCUUCGUCGGACUGUACUCGUACGCCGUGUUUUAUCGGCUACUGACGUUCGGCGGCGUGAGCACCGUGGAGGUGCUGCUGUUCCUGUGGGGCUUGGGCCUCGGCAAAGUGGAGAUCAAGCAGUUGCAGGACAACGGCUUCCAGGCAUAUAUCCAUGACUUCUGGAAUUUUCUGGAUGCGCUGCACAUUACUGUGCUGCUGGGAUCUAUCGUUCUGGGAGUGCUUCUGGCUGACGACAAGAGCGAUGAGAUGAAUGAGGUGGAACACCUCCUGGAGGUGACCCAUGCGAUGAACUUGCUUCCCUGCUGGAUCCGCGUGCUGCAAAUCCUGCAGCAGUCGGAAUACUUUGGGACGCUACUUCUCACCAUCUUCGGGAUGGCGAAGGAUGCUGUAAAGUUCUUCAUUCUCGUCAUCAUCUUUUGCUUCGGGUUUAGCUGUGCCAUCACACCCAUUCUUUUUACACAAAGUGCCGAGCGCCACGAGCAGGGCCUGACCUGGGCAUUCUGGACUAUCGUGGGAAACUUGGAUGACAAGGCCGUGAACAAGCUGGACUCCUUGACUCCGGUAACAAGGUUCAUUGCCAACAUCUUGGUCUACACGCUGGCCCUGGUUUGCAACGUGCUCCUGGUGAAUCUCCUCAUUGCUGUCAUGAACAGCACCUACGAGCAGAAUCAGGCGGUGUCGCAGACAUCCUGGGCAUUCUUCCGCGUUGAGGCAGUCCUGGAGUUUGACCAUGAGUCGAUCCUGCCUCCGCCAUUGAACCUGCUGGAACGCUUCCUGAAUCGGCAAACCAGUUCGGACAAGGACCAGCUUCCCCUUGGACGCCGACGGUCCGAGCAGCGCAUGCAUGCAGAGAUGUCCAUCACACGACGAGAUCUGAAGGAUGCGCAGCAGCGGGCCUUCCGCGCCAUCAACUUGGAGGAGACGGGGAGACCAAUGACUUCGGGUGAGGUUUCGGGGCUCAAGAGCCUGGGCGAUAAAUUCCCUCGUUCCAUGUCAAGCCAGGUUUGCAGACAGGCUAGCAUCCGUGGGCAUACGUGGGCAUCUGUGGGCAUCCCUGCCAACCUGCUCUUCAGACUUGGAGAGUUGAUGAAACGCACCGGUAGGGCCACUACGAAAGAGGUUCCAAAGGCGCAUAGAACCAAACACUUUGCCGACACUUGCUUCUUCAGAAAAGGAUGGAGGACAGCCUGGCGCUGGUUCAUGAUCAAAUGCAGCAAGAUAACUGCUUUCGGUUUUAGUCUGUGGUCGACCCCAGGAAGGUCAAGCGCAAUGGUGGUUGUAACAGAUUCUGGAAGGCUCAUGGUGAGGUGUGCGGUGUUCCUGCGAGGGUUUUCGAUGAUGUUCCGAUGGCUAGUUGCGAUGGUGGGUUCGUUGCGAUGUGCGAACUUUCACCACGAGCUCUGGUUCUGGAAGAACGCCCCCAUAUACCAGAUUGUACAAUCCAUGUCUGCAGCUGUGUAUCCCGGAUAA